AUGCACAUCCCUGCUGUUUUCUGACGGAUCUGUUUUUUUCCCUGCAGGAUGUUUCAACCUGGACCCUAAUCGUGUCCUGGACAUAAUCCUAGAGGUGUACGAGAGCCGAUCUGACCAGGAUGAGUUCUUCCUGUCUCUCAUCAAGUCCUACAUGUGUGAGCCACUGACCCUUUGCCACAUCCUGGGCUUCAAGUUCAAAUUUUACCAGGAGCCCAAUGAGGAAACCCCAAAGUCACUUUAUCACAUUGCUGCUGCUCUGCUUCACCAUAACCUGAUAGAGCUGGAAGAUCUCUACGUACAUCUUAUGCCAGUAGAUGCCACCAUCGUAGAGGAACACAAACGGGAUAUCACAGAGGCCAAACAGAUUGCCCGCAAGCUGGUCAUGGUGGUGUUGCCCUCGGAGAAAAGUGAAGACAAAGACAAGGAGAAAGAAAAGGAGGAGGAGAAGAAUGACAAGCCCCCUGAUAACCAGAAGCUCGGUCUGCUUGAGGCGCUUCUACGGAUUGGAGACUGGCACCACGCCCAGAGUAUUAUGGACCAGAUGCCGUCCUUCUACGCUACAUCUCACAAAGCCAUCGCGCUGGCACUCUGCCAGCUUGUGCACCUGACUGUGGACCCUCUUUACAGGAGAUCGGGCCUCCCUAAAGGGGCAAAGGGGCGUGUAAUUCACCCACUGAGGAACAAGCGGGCCCCUCGGCCUGCAGAGAACUUCGAGGACCUGCGCAGGGACACAUUCAGCAUGAUGUGCUACCUGGGCCCGCACCUCUCCCACGACGCUAUCCUCUUCGCCAAGAUCGUGCGUCUGGGCAAGGGCUUCAUGAAGGAGUACCAAAUUGAAAACAGACCUGAUGCCCGAGAGAAAAUGGAAACUCUAUUGAGUUGUUUCCUGUGCAUUGCAGACCAGGUGCUACUCCCUUCUCUUUCUCUGAUGGAGUGUAAUGCUUGCAUGUCUGAGGAAGUGUGGGGUCUCUUCAAACUCUUUCCCUACCAGCACAGGUGA